AUGGAUAUCCUCGUACGCGGGAUUCCGGUUCAGACUACCGAGUCUGCAUUGCGCGACUUUUUUAAGCCCGUGCUAGAGGAGUUCGCCAUCAUCGUCUUCAAUUGCAAAAAGACCAAGAACAAACCAAUCGCCAUCAUCACCAUCGCCGAUUCUGCAAAGGCGGAGCUUUUCUUGAAAAAGUACAGCCAGGUUCAGUCGCAGUCGCUCGUUGACUUUGAACCUUUACUGUUCAUCAACAAGCCUCUUAAAUGCAGCGCCGGCGCAUACAAGCCAGAUGAGAUCAUUCUCAAGGCGUUGCGCUAUGAAGAGGAGGAACUACUGCGCAAAGCUAAUCGCAAAGCCAGGAAGCUCGCGAACCCCGACAAUCCACCCGACCAGCCUCUAAUCGUACUAAAGCGGCCAAGGUUGCAAAGAGCUUUUGACUUCUCAAGCCUCUGGUGCGGUGUCUGGGACUACAAUGGAUCGCAGGCAGCAUUUGCCCCUCAUUUCCAAGACACGAGGCGGGGAACCAUCAUGUUUGGUAAACGAACUCUGGCUAUGGUUUUGCGGGCAGAUGGCUGGGUUCCCUCAACCUGUCGAAUCGACAUCCCGUACUGGAGUGUCGAUACCGUCGUCACAUGCUCACAGCUCAACAAAGUGACCUUCACCUUGAAGUUCGCACCGCGCGUGUAUCAGCUUCAAGACGGUCUAGAGGGCUUGAUGAGCGGUCUGGGCAUCAGCGCUCCGAACAGCCGUCGGAAUCAGAGGUUUGAUCGAACUCGAGUUUCGGCCAUCGAUGAGUCGCACGAGUUGGUCAUAGGUAGCUGCUUUGUCUACCAGAUCACGCUUUCAAAUCCCACCGAUGUGUCAAAGCUCGACUAUCUUCUUCGUAAAAGCCCGGGAAUGCCUCCGGCACUCAGCCUCCCGACAUCCUACACACAGGCCCACGUUACGUUCAAGCAGGACUUCGAACGUCUCAAGGAUCUCAUCUACGCUGAAGGCCAAUUCGGUAAUUUGAAAUAUUCUGUCAAGUUCCAGGUUGAACGGCUGGCAAGGAAUGCGUAUCUGCCUCCUGCAAAGGUAGUCUCUCUACUUCCGACCAUCAAGCGUCUUUCAGGCCAGUAUGGACACAUACGAACCGCUACGGCCAUUCGCAUUCUCUCGCGGCAAAUCCAGUACCCUGGACCUCAUCUGGAUCCGGAGAACUUUGACGUCAACUUCUUGGCUAGAGCAUUGGCCAAGAAUGCGAAGGACUUCAAGAUUGAAGGGUCUAUCUACGAUGUAAAAACGCGGCAUAAUCACAUUGCGCUAAUUCAUCGAGUUAUCAUAACGCCUGCUGGAACAUACUUGGAAGGACCCGAACCCGAAGUAAGCAACCGCGUCCUUCGCAAGUACCCGGAACACACAGAUAACUUCAUACGAGUACAAUUCGUGGAUGAAGACGGUGACGCAAUCCGUUAUGAGCCGAAAACUAGUCUUUCUGAAAUUUUCCACAACCGUUUCAAGUCGGUUCUUGACAGCGACAUUAACAUCGGAGGACACAGCUUCACUUUCCUGGGCUUCUCACACUCCUCUCUGCGUUCCCAAACCUGUUGGUUCAUGUCACCUUUUGUGCAAAAGGUCAGUCUCACUGCCGCUCAGGAAGUCAUCAAGGGCCUAGGAGAUUUCUCAAAAAUCAGAUCUCCGGCAAAAUGCGCAGCUCGUAUUGGCCAAGCAUUUUCAGAUACGUCCGGCACGGUCACAGUCAAUGAAAAGAUUAUCAAGAUGGACCCAGAUGUGUACAACGACAAGGGCUACAUAUUCAGUGAUGGAGUUGGCAGAAUUUCCUACAGGCUGCUAAAGAGAGUGUGGAAGGAAUACCAGCAGGCCCGAGGGCAGAGACCAACUUGUCUUCAAAUUCGUUUCGGAGGCGCGAAAGGCGUUGUUUCACUGGACGACAGGCUGCCGGGCGAGCUAUUGGUCCUCCGACCAUCCAUGGUCAAGUUUCAUGGAGCCGGCACAUGGAAUAUCGAGAUCUGCGGCGCAAACUUCAGGCCACUGCCGAUGUAUUUGAAUCGUCAGUUCAUCAAGAUUCUCGAGGACCUCGGUGUGCCAGAUCAAGUAUUCCUGGAUCUUCAAAGCAACAUGGUCGAACAGCUGCGCAGAAUCACGAAAUCGCCAGUGAAUGCUGCUUCUUUUCUGGAGCAUGUCCGAGUUGGUCAAGGCACAAAGAUGCCGUAUCUGGUCAGGAUGCUCGACGAUCUGGGGCUGUCUUUCAAUGAGGACGAUUUCUUAUCCCAUGUUGUCGAGAUCGCUGCGCUGUCACAGCUACGUGACAUCAAACACCGCGCUCGAAUCCUCGUCGACAGAGGCGUGACACUGUAUGGGAUCAUGGAUGAAACCGGUUACUUGGGCGAAGACGAGAUUUACUGCGUAAUUGAACGAAUGGGAGAUAACGGCAGACCUAAGCGCACUGUCAUUUGCGGAGGAGAAGUCAUUGUCACGCGCUCUCCAGCCAUGCAUCCCGGAGACGUACAGAAGGCCCUGGCAGUUGAUGUACCUGCGGACUCGCCUCUCCAAGCACUUUCAAAUGUUGUCGUCUUCAGUUCUCGGGGACAACGAGAUCUCCCGUCCCAACUCAGCGGCGGCGAUCUUGAUGGCGACCUCUACAACAUCAUCUUCGACAAGCGUUUGAUGCCUAGAAUUACGUACAUGCCAGCAGAUUACAAGAAGAUCCCGCCUCUCGACAUCGGCAGACCUGUCACCAGGCAGGAUAUCACGGACUUUUUCGUCAAGUUCAUGGAAACGGAUCAGCUUGGACGUAUUUCCAAUAUUCACAUGCAGUUGGCUGAUCGGAGGCCAAAUGGCACUCGAGAUCCAGACUGCCUCAAGUUGGCGGAGAUGGCUUCGACCGCGGUGGACUUUUCCAAAACGGGCAUUCCAGUCGAUAUGUCUCAAUGUCCCCGCAACGACAUGAUUCGCCCUGACUUUAUGGCCAGUGGACCGCGUGUUAUCGUUGAGAAGAGAGGUGCUGUUUUCCAAGAUGAUGACGAUGAUGAUCUUCUGGAUGAAGAUGACGCAGUUGGUGCGCUUGAUCCAGAUUUCAAAACGUUCCGUUACUACGAAAGCGAGCGUAUACUCGGUCAGUUGUACCGCGCUAUCGACGAGAAGAAAAUCUUCCAGGAGAUGCAAAGGCAUGCUCUGGGGACGAAGAGUCACUUGGGCGGACUGAAUCUCAUGGAUCAAGUUUGGGCAUACGUACAGCGGGAAACAGCGCUCAUCCAGUGGGAGGGCUACAAGCCGCUGGCCAGAAACAUCAGAGAGACUUACGAGUCUAAUCUCUUGGACAUCAUGUCCGACUACUCCACGCACCCGCAGUACCCGCUCUCGGAGCUCGAAGUCUUUGGUGGCAAUAUCAUCGGCAAAAGCACCGGCGCCCAGAAUCGGCGCACGAAAGAGCGCACCAUGGAGAUGAACGAACGUUUCGAGCGUGACGUCACAUUCACCGUCGAACGCAUCACUCAAGGUGAUGAUGGAGAUCGCGACGAAGCGCUGGCUCGGUCCAUCGCUUGUCUGGCCGUCGGCAUAACGGAACCGCGCAAGGUCAGCAAGAGGAUUGGGGAGCUGCGGAGCUGGAAGUAUGUUGCGGCGGCGGUAUGCUUGAGGGAGAUCGAGCUGUUCAAGAUUCGCUUCGAUCCGUUGAAUAGGAUUUGA